GGUGAGCGCCGCGCUCACCUGAAUUGUACUUUUAUUGCCGCUUGCGAUAUUUUGGGAAUUGUAAAUAAUCCGCUCGUUUUAUUGUGCGCAUGACUUUCAGAAAUAAGUGAAUUUACAUAAGCAGUCGAUUUUCAAAGACGUCAGUGGUGUUUUGCCGUUGUUUAUGUGUGUAUGUCACCAAGUGAGCGCAAAUCUCACCUGCGUGUAACUACGUAUCUCAAUAAAUUCUAUUUGCCGUGUGUUAAAGAGUCAAAUGGACCCUAAAGAAGAAGCCAGAUUGCUACAAAUAUGGCAGGAGUUAGAGGAAGAGGACAGAAUAGAGAAUGAAGUGCCUGAAGAACAAUUAGAUGACGAGGAAAGUGAUGAAGAUUGUAUUGAAAUUGAUAAUGAUCAUCAAACAGAUUCAGAAGUGUCCGCGGAUGAAUCUGACACCGAUUCUAUUACGCACUCGCCUGGCGGACUAAGUUAUAUAGGUAAAGAUAACGUAACCUUAUGGAGGAAGCACCAAAAUCCUCGAAGAGGCCGCAUUCGUCAAUGUAAUAUAAUAAGAGAAUCUCCAGGUGUUACUGCUUUAGCCAAGGAUGCUACGGAUCCUUACCAAACAUGGAAACUAUUUUUUACGGAUGAUAUACUUGAAUUGAUAGUAAGUUGCACGAAUAAGUAUCUCACUGCAAUUCGACCUAAUUAUUCUCGUGAAAGAGACGUAUUGGAUACCAAUGUAGAUGAAGUAAAAGCCUUAUUUGGCUUGCUUUAUAUAGCAGGAGUGCUGAAAUCCCGUCAUACCAACUUGAAAGACAUGUGGGCCACAGACAAAACUGCACCUGAGAUUUUUCGAAUGGUUAUGUCGAAGAAUCGGUUCUAUUUGCUUUUGAGAGCUCUACGAUUCGACGAUUUGGCAACUCGAGAUGAACGGAAGCAGCUAGAUAAAUUGGCUCCUAUUCGAACUAUAUUUGAGAUGUUUUUACAACAGUGUAAAUCGUGUUAUAAAGCUGGUCCAAACUGCACCAUUGAUGAAAUGUUGGAGGGAUUUAGGGGACGCUGCAGUUUUCGACAAUACAUACCCUCUAAACCCAAUAAAUACGGUAUUAAGAUAUUUUCCUUGGUCGAUUCUUCGAGUUAUUACACCAUGAAUAUGGAAAUCUACGCAGGUAAACAACCUCUGGGCCCCUUUCAAAUUGACAACAGCGCAUCAUCUGUCGUAACAAGAUUAGUUCAACCAAUUUCUAAGUCAGGGCGCAACAUUACAUGCGACAAUUGGUUUACAUCAGUACCCUUGGCCCUGGACCUCCUCAGAAACCAUAGACUAACAUUAGUAGGAACAUUGCGAAAAAAUAAGGCUCAAAUUCCACCUCAAUUUAUUGAAACGAAAUCAAGACCUUUAUACAGCAGCAUGUUUGGAUUUGGACAAGAUAGCUUGUUGGUAUCGUAUGUUCCCAAAAAAAACAAAAACGUUCUCUUACUUUCAACAUUUCACGAUGAUGAUGUCGUAGAUGAAACGACUGCAGAAGAUUGUAAGCCUGCGGUCAUUACUUUUUAUAACAAAAAUAAAGCAGGUGUUGAUGUGGUGGACCAAUUGAAGAGCUUGUACUCAGUGGCGAGGAUUACAUGUAGGUGGCCCAUGACUGUAUUUUUUUCACUACUCAACAUCGCAGGAAUAAAUGGGUACAUCAUUCACCGCUCAAACAAUGUCACUACUGUAGAUUCUCGUCGUAUGUACCUAAAGGCAUUGGCAGACCAGUUGAUACAUCCACAUCUUUAUCAUCGGGUCAAGUUACAGUUACCUUACCUUCUUGGUCUACAGAUAAGGGAUUAUUUGAAUAUCCCAGUGGUAAAUGUUCCUUUACAAGAAAACAAUUCAGAAGAACAAAGACCCAAGUGUGGAUUUUGUCCUAGAAAAAAAAACCGGAAUACAAGAGCAAAGUGUGCACAAUGUUCCACUCCCAUUUGUAGAGAACAUACAUCAACAGUUUGCAUUAGAUGCGCACAGAAUGCUGAAGAAGAAGACGAAUAAUAGUGUUCGACAUUUUUUUUAAGUACCUACGAUUUUCGUUUAUUGAGCAAGAAACAAUGUUUUAAGUUAGUAUUAUACCGCUAUUUUGUUUGUAAGUUACUUAUAGUUAAUAAAUUCAUUUUCGUCAAAACAAUACCUCUAUUUAUUCACUUAUAUACUAGUAUUACAUAAUGGUGAGCGCCGCGCUCACCUGCGAGUAACGAUGUUCAAAUCUACCACGCGGGUAACGCAG